AUGAAUUAUUUAUUAUUCAUUUCGUGUCUGUUUGCGGUUUGUUUGGCUGCCACUUAUGGUCAAUUCUUUUCAACUGGUCGUCACACAGCAACAACACGUCGUCCAACUGGUACAACUGCAAGUAGUGCAUUAUCAUGUGUUUGUUCAUGUUGUGCUGGUUUUCGUUGUAAACCAGCUUUUAUUCGAUCAUUUGUUGAUACAACAUGCACAAACAAAGCAUGUAAAGACAAAUGUAAAGUAUUCGAACCAAAACAUUGUGAUCAUACACUUCUGGGUACCAAUGAUGCUUAUUGUACUGUUUUACCCUAA